UUUCACUUUGUUUUUAUUUUCAGUCCCCGAAGUUGACGAGUCUGUUUUGCGAUUUGAUUUGGAGGAGAGAGACGCAGAGAGAGGAGCGUUGAAGAGAAUGGAGAUGGUCAAGUGAUGAUCAACAAAAGAGCUUGUUAGAGAGGAAGAAUAAUGGAUGACAGAGGAGGCUCAUUUGUCGCUGUAAGGAGGAUUUCUCAAGGUCUCGAGCGAGGCAACACUUGUCAUUCAACUUCCGCAGAGGUUGUGGCAGGAUCAGCAGCAUGGCUGGGGCGAGGUCUUUCAUGUGUUUGUGCGCAGAGAAGAGAGAAUGAUGCUCGUCCUUCGUUUGAUUUAACUCCUUCCCAGGAGGAAUGCUUGCAGAGGCUGCAGAACCGUAUAGAUGUAGCAUACGACAGUUCAAUUCCUGAACACCAGGAUGCUUUAAAGGCUUUAUGGAGUCUUGCCUUUCCUGAAGAAGAACUACGUGGUUUAAUAUCUGAACAAUGGAAGGAAAUGGGUUGGCAGGGAAAGGAUCCAUCAACAGAUUUUAGGGGUGGUGGUUUUAUAUCAUUGGAGAACUUGUUGUUCUUCGCUAGAAAUUUUCCGAAAUCCUUCCAGGAUCUUCUUCGAAAGCAGGAAGGUGAUCGGUCAGUCUGGGAAUACCCUUUUGCUGUAGCUGGUGUUAAUAUUACAUUCAUGCUCAUUCAGAUGCUUGAUCUUGAAGCAGUGAAACCAAGAACAAUGGUGGGGGCAACUUUUCUCAAGUUCCUUGCAGAAAAUGAAUCAGCAUUUGACCUUCUUUACUGUAUCACAUUCAAGCUAAUGGAUCAUCAAUGGCUUGCUAUGCGUGCAUCAUAUAUGGACUUCAAUACAGUAAUGAAAUCUACACGUCGUCAACUGGAGAGGGAACUUAUGCUUGAAGACCUAACGCAAUUGGAAGACGUGCCUUCGUACAGUCUUCUUAGCCAGUAGUACAUAGAUAAAGGGCCAGUAGCAGGAAGAGAUGCAAUGUCAUCAUCUUUCAUUUCCUUGGUUUACUGUCUUCCUACCUCCAUGUUCCUCCAUGUUCCUUUUUUAACAAGAUGUCUACACGCACGUUCCCGUUUAAAUUUUUGAAAACGGAUUUUGGUUUCUCAAGCGUUCCUCUGAAAUAUUAAAGGAAAUGGUUCCCACUUUGUAAGUUUGACACCAGCGAUCGAUAUAACGUCUUACAUAAGUGCAUAAUGUGACAGGACGUUUUGGCCAA